GCAGUUUGAAAACUAACGCGCUCUCGUUCCAUGACUCAUGAUCUCGCGAGCUCUCCGUCUUCACUACUGUCGGCGUUGGUACUAUUUUGUUAUUGACUGUUUUGAGUUAGCCGCCCACCUCUAGUAAACAAUGGACCGAGCUUCAUAAAGGAUUCAGUGUGUUUCUCCUGGACUUGCCACAGAGAGGAUGUUCCCCUGCCUGGCCCACAGACCAUGGCAAGUCCUCUGCCGGGUCUCCCUGCAACAACGAGCCCCUUUAUCUCAGAGAGCCUCAAAACUAGCAAAGCCAUGUUUUGUAGGUUGGCAAAGUGGAAGAGGAGUGCACAAACUCUGGUUUAGCUUCCCCAAUUCCAGAGUCACUUCCUUAAUGUGGACACAGGUUCAGAACUGUUCCACAACAGGCAGUGAUAAAGACGGAUCUCCAUCCGGCCCUGUAGAGCCAAAGCCCACUGAGAAACAACAAGCUGCACAGCCCUCUCCAAAAACAGCUGGUUCCAAACCUCAAGGGCUGAUGAAAGCAGAGAGCAUUCAAGUGACAGUACGGGCUGUCCUGAAAAAAAGGGAAUAUGGCCCCAAAUACACCAAGAAUAAUUUCAUCACUGCAGUCAGGGCUAUGAACGAGUUCUGCCUCAAACUCAGUGACCUUGAGCAGCUCAGGAAAAUCCGUCGUCGUAGUCCCCAUGAUGACACAGAAGCCUUCACCGUCUUCUUGCGAUCAGAUGUGGAGGCAAAAGCGCUGGAUGUAUGGGGAAGUCAAGAGGCAGUUGCUAGGCAGAGGAAUCUGAAGAAAGAUGUGGAAAGGGAAUACCAGGAAAACAUAUUUCGAAACCAGAUGCUGUUGAAGGAGUACAAAGACUUCUGGGGGAACACGAAGCCUCGGUCUAGGAAGAGAGCGACAUUUCUACAUGGACCUGGAAAAGUGGUGAUGGUGGCUAUGUGCAUAAAUGGACUGAAUUUCUUCUUCAAGCUGUUGGCGUGGGUUUAUACAGGAUCUGCCAGUAUGUUUUCAGAAGCCAUCCACUCACUGGCUGAUACCUGCAAUCAGGCACUUCUUGCACUAGGCAUUAGCCAGUCUGUCCGGAACCCAGAUGCCUUCCAUCCGUAUGGCUUCUCCAACAUGCGUUACAUCGCCUCUCUCAUCAGCGGAGUCGGCAUCUUCAUGAUGGGUGCUGGCUUGUCCUGGUAUCAUGGCAUUAUGGGACUCCUGCACCCUCAGCCAAUAGAACCACUGCUCUGGGCUUAUUGUAUUUUAGCAGGAUCUCUGGUAUCUGAAGGAGCUACACUAUUGGUGGCCAUUAACGAGAUCAAGAAGAAUGCAAGUAAACAAGGCUUGUCUUUUUAUGAGUACGUGAUGCAAAGUCGAGACCCCAGCACUAACGUGGUCCUGUUGGAGGACGCUGCUGCUGUGCUCGGGGUGGUGCUGGCAGCUGGAUGUAUGGGACUAACGUCUCUUACAGGUAACCCCUGCUAUGACAGUCUGGGUUCUCUGGGUGUGGGCACUCUGUUAGGAACCGUGUCUGCAUUCCUCAUCUACACUAACACAGAGGCUCUGCUGGGUCGCUCCAUAAAGGCCGAGCAUGUGCAGAAGCUCACAGAGUUUCUAGAAAAUGACCCUGCUGUCAGGGCGAUUCAUGAUGUCAAAGCCACAGAUAUAGGGCUGAGCAAAGUGCACUUCAAGGCGGAGGUGGACUUUGAUGGGCGGGUGGUGACACGCUCAUACCUUGAGAAGCAAGACAUUGAACAGAUCCUCAAUGAUAUUCAGCAAGUGAAGACGCCAGAGGAGCUGGAGAACUUUAUGUUGAAGCAUGGGGAGAACAUUAUUGACACCUUAGGAGCAGAGGUGGACCGUCUAGAGAAAGAACUUAAGCAACGUAAUCCUGAGGUGCGACAUGUGGAUCUGGAGAUUUUAUAAUGUCAAGACACAUUGCCGAAUGGGGAUCAGGAUGGAGUGGAAGGAAAACCAAUCAAACGUCGAGCGACCAUCAUGAGCACCCCCAUUCUCUCCAACCAGCCAAUCAGCCGAGGUCUUAUGCUACGCCCAUCGCACAUCAGCCAAGCACUAACCUGUGCAUGGUUUCAGUAGCUGUUGAAAUAAGAACCAUAGCCAAUACAGAGAGGACACCAA